AUGAUUCCUACUCACAUCACUCGACAUGCAGCCAAGACCAUUAUGACACAUGGAACCCGUCAACUAAAAUUGAGUAAAGCGCCUCUGACUUUGACAACAGCUGCUGUAUCCCGUUUGAAGGAGCUGUCAAGUGGCGAUCAUCCUCAGUUUCUUCGAGUAGGUGUCAAAAGCAAAGGAUGCUCCGGCAAUUCAUACAUGAUGGAGUUUACAGAGACAAGGGGUAAAUUCGACGAAAUCGUUGAUCAACAAGGUAUAUUUGAAGUAGCAGCAGUGAGCGCACGCACAAUGCGAUUUAUUAAUGCAAACCAUGUGUUUGUGUAUCAUUUGUAUUAUUCAGGUGUAACUGUUUUGGUUGAUUCAAAGGCACUCUUGACAGUGUUAGGAUCAGAGAUGGAUUACGUUGAAGAUGCUUUAUCUUCGCAAUUCGUGUUUCAUAAUCCAAAUGUCAAGGGUACAUGCGGCUGUGGUGAAUCAUUUACGAUCUGA